GAUAGCACAUCCUGUGUGCGCUGGGAUACCAGUCCGUGUUCAAGGCUUUAAUAGUUUUGUUUACAAAAUGGAUGAAUAUAAAGCCUGUAACCUGGACUAUUUCCCGGAAAAUAUCUUAAUUGAUGUCUUGUCGUUUUUGAGCGUACGAGAGGUUGUCAGAGCCGGGAGAGUGUGUAAGAGAUGGAAACGUCUCGUUAAAGACCAAAGACUGUGGAGACUUGUGGAUCUGACUACAUGGAAAGGGGUAACAUCCCGCAUACUCUGGCUCCUGCUGCGUCAGUACCUGGGUUGUGGUCUACGGUGCCUGCGGUUGCGUGGUUUGCUUCUUUCUGCCCGAGGGGGAACCUUUCUGUCUGAGUCCUGGCUAAAAGCUUUGUCCACGAAGUGCCCUCGCCUGAGUAAGCUCUAUCUUCUGCACGCAGACCUGCGAGGCCUCCCCAGUUGCCAGCUCCUCCCUCCAUCUUUGCAGAUCCUGGAGCUGCGUGGCUGUGAGCUGCCGCGAGAAUUUUUCAACCAGACUUCCCCUGCUAGUUCCCAAGAAACACCAGAAGCCACAUCCAGUGUUGGUGCUCAACAGAAAAGAAGGGAUCAGAAAGGAAAAGGGCAAACCUCUCCAUCAGGGAUUGGCAUUGAUACGUUAGUCCUCAACAACGUGCCCUCUUUCACAGACCAGCAUCUGCAGAGUCUGACAACAUGGGAGAGGCUCAGGCGCUUGGAGCUGCGCGACACCUUUCGUGUAACAGCAAACGGGCUCAGGAGCAGUGCUGCCAAGGAGGGCGUCUGUGGUGUGGAAGGCCUCUCCAGACUCAAGUUUCUAGAAAUAGGCAUCACUGGGCGGCAAGGCUACCAGUUACAGAUGGCCUCCCUCGGGCUGGGGGCAGGAUGGCUUGGCCUGGAGGAGCUGAGUCUAGGGGGUAAGGAGGUGGGGCCGGGCCUGCUCUGCGCCAGCCGUCUGAAGGACCUGAAGUGUCUGUGCCUGUGGGCCUGCACGCUCAGCAAGAUGCAGAUAGUGCGGAGCUGCAGGAUGCUCCGUGGACUCCGCCGGCUGGAGUUUUUGGACGUGAUCUUCCAGCCUCCACAGUGUCCACCUGUAGUGGAGGGAGAGGGUGGUGGUGGAGGAGGAGAAGAGCAGGACAAUGAUGAAGCAGCAGGUGGAGAUAACAACAAUGAUGAGAACAGGACACUAGAUGCAAACGAUCCCAUACCCAGUUUGCGUCGCUCACUGGCUGCCCUGCUGCCAUCAUGCACUGUAGUUUUCACCAACUGCUCUGUUCAGAUUAAUCCAGACUAAAUCUCUACUACUUCAUUAUACAGGCAGUAGCAAAUAGAGAUACAGUUCCCUUUUACAAAAGCAUAUGUCAUUUUAUGUAGCGUUAUAAAUACAACAAACAACUUCAGUUUGUAUUGUUGUGUAAUGCGUAUAUAUAUGAUACGACAAGAUAUCACAAAUGAAGUAAAGCAGGUUCCAGAUAUCGCAAUCAGAUCUUUUAAUUUAUACAUUUUAAAAAUGAUCGCUGUCAAAACAUUUACUGUGUAAUACUGAUGAAAUUGAAGUAAACUAUACUGAAGAAAGUCCACCAACUGGUCUACUUGUCCAGGCUUUUAAGACUGUUUUGCCACCUUUUAAUAAUCUGUCAACCUCGAAAGCAAGAGGAGUAAAAUCUGAUUUCAACUUUGCAAAUAAAAAAUGGUUGGUUUCUUGGUAAGCAAAAUGUUUAAUAUGAUUCAGGGCCAUAAUUUGUUUAACAUCCAUACAUAUCUAUUUGGUUUUAACAGAAUAUUUUCCAAACAUUGUUCUUCAAACUUGAAUAAAAGCUUACUUUUUUUUUUAUGGUGAUACAUAUUGUGAAGUACGUUAUAAAAACCAUUAUGGAAAACGAAAUGAGAAGCUCUUGAUGUAUGAAAUAAGAAGACUGUCUUCAAGGUUAUUCAUAUGUACUCUUUAAAGUCACACUAAAAUAACACAAUAUGAAACUGUCACAGCUAGAGGGUGAAGCCACAAGCAGGCGUAUAACAGGAGCAUACCGCUGGCACCUGUUUCCUGUUCCUUCGCUUCACAAUGUAUACAAUCAGAAAAAACAUCAACAUCUGAUACAAGCAGGUGUUUGGUUUUGGUUUGACAACAAAACAGCAAGGGAUAUUUAAAUAAGUCUUUAACAAGUCCCAAUUCUGUUUCAAUUUUAUUUGUAGAAAUAAGAAAUGGUAAUUGUUAAUGUCUGUUUGAUGUGUUAUUGAAAACCAUUAAUGUAUUAUUGGGAAAACCAUUGCCUAUUCAA